GUUUCUAAUGAGCCAUAACCGGAAGUUCCACGCCUGAAUUUCCGACGUCUGGAAGCUGGGCGAGUUUUUAUAAUGCUUGUUGCCUUAUUUAGUGCGUUGAAACGUUCAUUGUAGUGCUGUUUGAGUCUGCUGGAUUUGUUCCAUCGCUGUUGGGUGUGUCCGCGGCGCUUCACUAAUUUAGGUGUGGCUCCCUACGUGGGUGCUUGUAGAUCUGCGUGUUGACGAGGGGAAGCAGGGAAUCCAGUCGGGUAGCUUAGCUGAGCUGCUGCAGAGUGCGAAGCUCCGCUCUAUCUUCGAGCUUGUCUGUUUCGAUCAGCAAGCCAGCUGCUUUGCUUUGAAGGUCUGAAUCCUGUAGCCGGAGUUGGUUGUACUACAGACGCACCCGUAGUGAUAAAUUGAGGUAGCCCGGCAAUGGUCACGACCUUGUGGCGUAUUCCUCGUCCGUGCCUCCUCCUCGAUUGUACUGAGUGAGGUUUUGCUGCUCAAUUGCAGUCUCGUGCACUGGUUCAUGCGUUGAGUAAAGGAGUCCAACAGGGUGCAUCUCAAAUUUCUGCUUCCAGUUUGAAACCAAUCUCUCAUUGGUUUCCGGACAUGGAGAAUUCGUCCAGCAUUCAUGCAGCUUGGGUGCCGGUUGCCGUGGCAGCUAUGUUAGGAGCCGCCCUAGUUGCCGCAUCUUCCUACAUAUUACACUGCAGAUCUAUAGAUCAGUUGCAAUCGCAGCAGAUGCUAGACAUAGGGGGUCAGAGAAGGCGAAAACCCGGUACUCGACAAAGGCGAUCCGUGAAAGGAUCAAUGCUUGGGGGAAAUGGACCUUCGCUCGAACAAAAGCCGAAUGACACUGUGAAGUCUGUCUUCAAUUCCUCUGCACCGUCCACAGUUGGAGCACAGCCAUCGGGUCAAGCACGGCGCCCACCAGUUCCAAUGAAGCCAGCCUCUGCGAUCGAGGUCUUCGAUUCCCCAAGCUCCCCUGUUGGGGUUGGGUCAUAUGAAAGUGUGGAAGGUUCAGAAGAAGAGGACCACCUGCUGGAAAAUGAUGAGGAUUCUUACAAUAGAGAACGAGACGAGACUGUUUGCAAUGGAGAGCGAGACGAGAAUACUCUCAAUGGAGAACUGGAUGAGGUUAAUCAGAAAAAUGUAGUAGUAGAUGGGGAAACUAAUGGCGGAGCUGAGUUGGCGGAUGGGCUUGUGAAACCUCAGCCCCCAAGUGCGGAGAAUGCAGCACAAAAAGCUGGUGGUGAUAAAUCAUCUACAAACCUGAUGCGAUCACACAGCAUAAGUGGGGAUUUGCAUGGUGUUCAUGCCCCAGAUCCAGUGGCUGCUGAUAUCAUUCGCAAAUUCCCUGAGCAAGAAACUUAUGUCAAACUUAACGUGUCACCUAUAGAGGCGCCUUCUGAAGAGGAGCAGGAGGUGUGCAACUACAUGCAUGAAUGUCUGGGUCUACGAGACAAGUAUGUAUUUCGAGAAAAGAUUCCUCCGUGGGAGAAGGAGGAAAUCACAGAGCCUGGUACCCCCGUGCCAAAUCCAGAACCUUUUUUCUUCAAACCUGAAAUUGCAUCCUCGCAUACCUACAAAAUGGUGGAUGGCGUUUAUCGAGUCUAUGCUGACAUAGAAAUGUCAGAGGAACUAUAUCUAGUGCAUGAUGCUACCACCUUCUUCACCGACAUGCAUCGCAUAUUGAGAAUUAUUUCGCUUGGUAGUGUGCGGACUUUGUGCCAUCAUCGCCUCAAACUUCUUGAGCAGAAAUUCAGUUUGCACCUGAUGUUGAACGCAGACCGUGAGUUUCUCGCUCAAAAAAGUGCACCCCAUCGAGAUUUCUAUAACGUUCGGAAAGUUGACACACAUGUACACCAUUCUUCGUGCAUGAACCAGAAACAUCUGCUUCGCUUCAUCAAAUCUAAGCUACGGAAGGAGGCUUCUGAGGUUGUCAUCUAUCGUGAUGGAAAGUACCUCACUUUACGGGAGGUUUUUGAAAGUUUGGACCUAACUGGUUACGACCUUAAUGUGGACUUGCUGGAUGUUCAUGCUGACAAAAAUACGUUUCAUCGUUUCGACAAGUUCAACCUGAAAUACAAUCCUUGUGGCCAGAGUAGGCUAAGGGAGAUUUUCCUGAAGCAAGACAAUCUUAUCAAAGGUCGCUUCUUAGCAGAGUUGACUCAUCAAGUUUUUUCUGAUCUUAAAGCAAGUAAAUAUCAGAUGGCUGAGUACAGGAUAUCAAUUUACGGAAGGAAGAAGAGCGAGUGGGAUCAGUUGGCAAGUUGGAUAGUUGACAAUCGGCUGUACAGUGAAAACGUCACUUGGCUUAUCCAGUUACCCAGGCUCUACAAUGUGUACAAGGAGAUGGGUGUCGUGCAAUCCUUCGAGAUGAUUUUGGAAAAUGUUUUUGCCCCUCUUUUUGAAGUUACUGUGGAUCCAUCUUCUCAUCCGCAGCUCCACGUCUUACUCUCGAUGGUGGUGGGAUUUGACAUGGUGGAUGAUGAAAGCAAGCCUGAAAGGCGGCCAACAAAGCACAUGCAACCACCUGCAAAAUGGGACAACCCUUUUAAUCCGGCGUAUUCAUACUGGGCAUACUAUGUAUACGCAAAUCUUUACACACUCAACAAGUUGAGGGAAUCCAAGGGCUUUCCUACCAUUAAAUUCCGUCCACAUACAGGAGAGGCAGGAGAUUCAGAUCAUUUAGCAGCAUCUUUCUUGGUUGCUCACAAUAUUGCACAUGGAAACAAUCUGCGCAAAACUCCUGGUCUACAAUACCUUUACUACCUUGCUCAGAUUGGAUUGGCCAUGUCUCCUUUAAGCAACAACUCCCUUUUCCUAGACUACCAUCGCAAUCCUUUCCCCAUGUUCUUUUCUCGAGGUCUCAACGUAUCGUUGUCAACUGAUGAUCCUCUACAAAUUCAUCUUACCAAGGAGCCUCUUGUUGAAGAGUACAGCAUUGCUGCACAGGUGUGGAAGCUGAGCUCUUGCGAUCUUUGCGAAAUUGCUCGCAAUUCCGUUCUUCAAUCAGGCUUCAACCACAGGACCAAGUCGCACUGGCUUGGAAAGAAUUAUUACAAAAGGGGUCCUGAGGGCAAUGAUAUCCAUAAGACAAAUGUCCCUCACAUGCGCGUGGAGUUCCGUCAUCAGGUGUGGGUACAGGAGCUGCAGUAUGUAUCUCUGGGUAAUGCCAAAAUAUCCGAUGUGAUUAUACCCUGAUGAUUUCGUUGACACCUUCGACUCUCAGCUGUGAUUGUUUUUGGUAGGCUUGUGAUGGCCACUUCGGGGAGAGAUCGUCUAGCUGUUUCUUCCUUCAAAUUUUCUCAAGGAGGUUUAGAUACAAUUUUGCCUGAGCGUCUAGAGGCUUUCAGCGACUGUCCCGAGAACCAUAUGACCCGUGUUUUUAUGUUAACACUAGCACUUAUCCGAACACUAGCAAGACAUAAAUAUAUAUAUAUAUAUAUAUAUAUAUAUAUUGGAUGAAUUGUUGGGAUGGGGUGCCUUACAUCGAUUGAUUUCAGUCCUUGAGGUUUGCAAUUAGUGUUAAUGUAUGGUAUUUCCAUGUUUCCAUGGAAUUACAUAUUGUCUCUUUAGGAGGAGAGUAUAGUUCACAAAGUUAUAUCCAGGCUUUACUGAAUCUGACUUGCUCAAGAAGUAUGUGGGUAAGCCAGUCUGGCCGUUUUGAUUUGGAAGUACUAAGAUGAAGCAGCUUGCUACAUUCUACCUGAU